AUAAAUUAUGUCUAUUUUUAAAGUUAAAUAGGUCAAUUUUAUUAAAUCCGGUAUAGUUGUUUUGUUUGUAAAUACAUAGUUUUAUCUGUAAUUUAUUAAUUAUUUUAAGUUGAUACUAAUCCAAAUAAUAAAAUAGUACUAACAUGCUAGAAAAGCGAGCAGUGUUUUUAUCGCAAAGUAAAAUAAGUUUGUAUAUAAGUAUUAUGCUGUUUACUUCGUUUUUAAACCUAUUUAAUAUACUUCUAAUUAUUACUAAAGUUUUAAUUCUUACACCACAUCGAUUUAUCACAACCAUAUUAAUUUAAGGAAAAAAAUCCAUAUUUUGACAAUGAACUUCCGCUCGUAACAAAGCAAGUGACAUAAAAACUGGGCAGCACACAAUAUCAUGUGUUCAGUGUAUAACGGUGUUCCCAAGGUGAGUACUCGAAGAUUAGUCACCUAUCGCUAUCAGUGUAGUGCAUUCGCCCGGUCAAAACGGCUGUGUUGACGCGAAAAAACUGUGAAAACCUAAUAAGAUUUUUUCCCCUCACUAGCUCGGAAACACGUGUUUUGUCCUUUAAUACCAGCGGGUAAAAACGCAUUUUAUCCACUAGAAAGUAUCAAGAGUUGAAUUAACUAUGUGAAAAGUGUUUACCAUUCGGUAUCUAAUCUCUCGGCAAAAAAUGAUUACUGAAAUGAAAACCAAGUGCAUUAAAAAAACAACCGUAUCGUUAUUCGAAUGAGUGCAAAGUUACAUUGGAUACUUAUUAGUUAAUUUUUGGUGGCAUCGUGUGAGAUGGCGGAGGAUAAGUUAAUAUGGAGUAUCGUGCUGGAUUUCUUUAUUUUAUGUUGUUUGGCAUCGCCUCUGCUAUACUUCCAAUUCUGGAGUAAGCCGGAGCUGGGUGGUUUCUUCCCGGAUGACCAGAGCCUCAACCUGCCGUACAAACAACAGACUGUCCCCGAAGUAGUGCUGGCGCCAGUUGGGUUCCUCCUCGUCAUUGCCACGAUAUUAAUCGUGGAAUACGUUCGAGACAAGAAGGGCUGGAGCGUCGGUGAGAAGUUCCUCUGUGACCACCUGAUCCCCGGCUGGGUGUGGAUCAGCUACAUCACUAUUGGGAUCUUCACAUACGGCGCAGUGGUACAGCAAGUUACUUCGGAGAUAUUAAAGCAAAUCAUUGGAAGACUGAGGCCACAUUUCAUUGAUGUCUGCCGUCCGGUCUACAACGUGUCAGACCCGGCCAAUGCCAACGGCUUCAUUCAGGUCUACAGCUGCACAGACCCGAACGACUCCCGCGUUAAGGAACUCAGUCUGUCCUUCCCCAGUGCGCAUGCUAGCUUCGCUAUGUACGUUGCCGUGUUUUAUAUGAUAUAUCUGCAACUGAAAUGCAAAUGGCGGGGUUCGAAGCUGCUCCGACACGCAGUUCAGUUCCUCACUUUCUUGGCUGCGUUAUACGUUGGCCUGUCGAGGGUGGUGGAACAUUUUCAUCACAGGGAUGAUGUUGCUGUCGGCUUUGUGAUUGGUGCUGUCGCUGCAAUUUUAACGGUGAAAUUCGUGCUGAAACCCAAGAAGUACAUGCCCGGGACGUGGCAGGAGACACCGCAGCAGAACAUCCUUCCACGGCCGGUGUUGGCCCGGUGACCUCACGGAUAGAGUAUAUUGAAUAGUAUGAUAUAGAGUUAUCAGUCAAGAGUUUCGAAUGCAGCGCCAUCUAUUAUUAAGUUACAACAACUAAAGGAACCUUUAGGCAUGGAAAGUCACAUAUAUAUAUAAAGUUGAUGUAAUCGUUCAUCAACCAGUCACAUAAAUAACUAUUUUACACGGACUUAUCUGCCAAAAAAGAUGUCAGUAAUAAAAUUUACAAUUUAAUUACACGUAAUUAACCAUAGAAUGUCGUUCGCUAGUUUGCAGGUGGUACAGCGACAUCUAGCGAAAAAUUUGGACAGCAAAAAUACUU